AUGCAUGAACAGCUAACCUACACGGUAACUCAUUCGAAUUACAGCUCGCCUAUACGCACCGCUAAGUACAGAUCUCCCAUACGCACCGCAAACUACAGCUCGCCUAUACGCACCGCUAAGUACAGAUCGCCUAUACACAUCGCUAACUACAGCUCGCCUAUACGCACCGUUAAGUACAGCUCGCCUAUACGCACCGCUAACUACAGCUCGCCUAUACGCACCGCUAACUACAGCUCGCCUAUACGCACCGCUAAGUACAGCACGCCUAUACGCACCGCUUUGUACAGAUCGCCUAUACGCACCGUUAAGUACAGCUCGCCUAUACGCAUCGCUAACUACAGCUCGCCUAUACGCACCGCUAACUACAGCUCGCCUAUACACAUCGCUAACUACAGCUCGCCUAUACGCACCGUAAAGUACAGACCGCCUAUACGCACCGUUAAGUACAGAUCGCCUAUACGCACCGUUAACUACAGCUCGCGUAUACGCACCGCUAAGUACAGCACGCCUAUACGCACCGCUUUGUACAGAUCGCCUAUACGCAUCUCUAUCUACAACUGGCCUAUACGCACCGCUAAGUACAGCUCGCCUAUACGCAUCGCUAACUACAGCUCGCCUAUACGCAUCGCUAACUACAGCACGCCUAUACGAAUAACCGCUCGCCUACACACCACAUUAACUACUUCCAAUAACGCUUGA